GGGGCAGUGGAGAAAGACAUGUCACUGUUCCCUAUAAAUAAUCCCUCAGCAUCAGUGUCGGCCGACCUCAGCCGCACUGCUCAUUGUCAUUCCCCCCGGGGACCGUCAGUGUCGGGCAGCUUUGGGCGAAUCAGGCGCAAUCGCCAAAUAUUACCAUGAACGGACCCCAACCUGGCUGACAUCAUUGCGUCUGGCGAUAUAGAUAGAUCCGUAGUACCUCCUCCUUCCUCCUCUCAUCCAUUUGGAGCAGCCUGUGUGUGUAGUCAGUGGCACUUAAUCACAGAGCGCACCAAGGCAGGAGGCGGACCGUCGGGCGUGCACGAAAUAGAAACGGUGAACCGGAGAGGCAGCAGUUUGCGGGACAACGUAGACAGAGGAGCUAUCCAGAGGACGUUUCCAGCGGGUUUUCCCCAUCUUUAUCCACCGCUGGCGCAAGUGUUGCAUCCUCAUCUACCGUCCCGACCCCGUUCAGGUCGUCUCUGCCGCGUCCGACUCGUUCGCAGCCAGUGCUUCCUUGGAGAUGUCCAAAAAAAGACCAGCCGAGCCGGAGUCCCGGGUGAAACAGCAAGCCGCACUGGGCACCAUGACUCGCCUGCCUUGUUUCUCACCGGAGUCUGUAGAAUGAAGACGGCUUAAAUCAUAAAAACAGAAGUCCAAGCAGCGCGCAAAGAUGUCGGUGCCUUUGCUGAAGAUCGGCGUCGUGCUCAGCACCAUGGCGAUGAUUACCAACUGGAUGUCGCAGACCCUCCCCUCUCUGGUGGGGCUCAAUACUACCAAGCUCACGGCGGCACAGGGAGGGUAUCCAGACCGGAGCACAGGAGUGCUGCCAGCGAACCCAGAGGAAUCGUGGCAGGUGUACAGUUCAGCCCAGGAUAGUGAGGGGAGGUGUGUCUGCACUGUGGUGGCGCCCCAGCAGUCCAUGUGUUCACGGGAUGCCCGCACCAAACAACUGAGGCAGCUGUUAGAGAAGGUCCAGAACAUGACCCAGUCCAUCCAGGUCCUGGAUCAGCGAACCCAGAGGGACCUGCAGUAUGUGGAGAAGAUGGAGGUCCAGCUCCGUGGUCUGGAGACCAAGUUCAGGCAGGUGGAGGAGAACCAUAAGCAGAACAUCGCCAAGCAAUACAAGGCCAUUAAAGCGAAAAUGGAGGAGCUUAGACCGUUGAUACCAGUGUUGGAGGAGUACAAAGCCGAUGCCAAAUUGGUAUUGCAGUUUAAGGAGGAGGUCCAGAAUCUGACGUCAGUUCUAAGCGAACUUCAGGAGGAGAUGGGGGCCUAUGACUACGAGGAGCUCCACAACAGAGUGUCAAAUCUUGAGGAGAGACUCCGAGCAUGCAUGCAAAAAUUAGCGUGCGGCAAGCUGACGGGCAUCAGUGAACCCAUCACCAUCAAGACGUCUGGAUCCAGGUUCGGCUCCUGGAUGACCGACCCGCUGGCCCCUGAGGGUGACACACGGGUCUGGUACAUGGAUGGUUACCACAACAACCGCUUUGUACGGGAGUACAAGUCAAUGCAGGACUUUAUGACGUCGGACAACUUCACGUCCCACCGUCUGCCCCACCCUUGGUCAGGAACAGGUCAGGUUGUCUACAACGGCUCUAUCUACUUCAACAAAUUCCAGAGCCACGUCAUCAUCAAGUUCGACUUCCGCACCUCUUCCAUCAGCAAGUCUCGGCAGCUCGACUACGCCGGCUUCAACAAUGCGUAUCACUACGCCUGGGGCGGACAUUCUGACAUCGACCUGAUGGUGGAUGAAGGAGGUCUCUGGGCUGUUUAUGCCACUAACCAGAACGCCGGUAACAUUGUCAUCAGCAAGCUGAACCCCAACACUCUGCAGAUCAUUAAGAGCUGGACCACCAACCACCCCAAAAGGAGUGCCGGCGAGUCUUUUAUGAUCUGUGGCACGCUCUACGUCACUAACGGCUACUCGGGUGGCACCAAGGUGUACUACGCCUACUCCACCAACUCCUCUACCUAUGAGUACAUUGACAUUGCCUUCCAGAAUAAGUACUCGCAUAUCUCCAUGCUGGACUACAACCCGCGUGACCGAGCCCUCUACGCCUGGAACAAUGGCCACCAGGUCCUCUAUAACGUCACACUGUUCCACGUUAUCCGCUCAGAGGAACUGUAAUGGAUUACGUACAAGAAUUCAUAUCGUCUGUGUAGAGAUCUCCCUAUAUUCAAAAAUAUAUCUGCGAAAGAAAAAGACUAUGGAAAGAUCAUUCUAUCUAUAAUAUCAAAUACCGAGAGACUUCAUUAACAGGGAAUGCAAAGUGGAUUGAAUGUGCAUAAAAAAAUAUCUAAAAUUGAAGGGUUUCAUUCCAAAAUGUGAUAUAUUUGUUACAGAAAAAAAGCUUUAUCAGUUAAUAUCACAGAUGAUUGUUAAUAAAAACAGAACUGUUUUGUAAAUAAAGGUCUUAAUAUACCCAUAGUAAACUUUAUUUUAAUAGCUGCCAUCAUUUUGUUAGAGUUUUUUUUAUUUUGGAAUGAAACUCUUUAAUUGUUUGCCGCAUAGAAAAUGAUUGUAAAAGUAGACUUAAUAUAUCAAAAGAAUAAGAACAGAUGCCAAAAAAAAAAAAAAAAAAUCAUCACGCCUUCUUUUUAUAUUAUGGGAUAUCAACCUGUGGCUCUUCUGUAGAAAUCCUCCCUUGCAGAACUUUUCUUUUGGUCAGUGGGGGUCCUGAAACGAAGACUGUUAAACUGUCGGAUCCCCGGGUCCCAUGGACACACAGAAAAGUGGGAGGUCAGUCUAGUCAGAAGACUUGAUAGCCUAUAAUGGGUGUCAUAUCGUUUUUAUCAAGUAGCAAAUCAAAAGUCUGUAGAGAAACAGCAAACAACAAUAACAACAUCCACUAAAAGACCUGAAGGCACUGACUGUUGACAGCGCUGUCGUUUGAGAUGAUUUUUCCGUGUUAGUGACUAUGUGUGAAAAAGGCUUUCUUUGCAUGAGUGUUUUCUAUCACUCCGG